UCUCUUCCCGCUCCUCCUUCCUCUUUGACAUUCCACCGAAAAAGUUGAAAUUUCAACUCUCUCAGCUUCGACCCAUUUCUACAAUUAUCAUUUCUGCAACUACCCUUCUCUCAGAUUUCCUGUCUCCCUUCGAGGAAUCCGAUUCCGACACAAACCCCCCUAAAGAGAGAGCUGUCUUACUAGGAGGGAAUAAUGGAAGGAGCGUCUUUUAACGAGUUAAAUGGCGAUUCCAUACAUUUUAAGGAACAUUCUAGUAUGGAUCAAGCGUUUGACGCAACGAUAGAGGAGCUCUGUAAGAAUCUCUGCGAAUUGCAGAGUUCUAAUCAGUCUCCUUCAAGGCAGAGCUUUGGAUCUGGUGACGAGUCAAAGAUUGAUUCUGAUCUACAACAUCUUGCUCUAGGAGAGAUGCGAGAUAUAGAUAUAACUGAAGAUGAAGGAGAGGAAGACGAAGUGGAAAAGCCAGAUGAGUUUGAUUUCAUGAGACCAGCAAGUACUACUAAGCCAAACUCUUCAAAGAUAGAUUUGGAAGUCAUGCCAAAGGAUAUGGAGAAACAAGUUGGUAAGAAGAAUGCCAACAAAUCGAACUUGGAAAAUGGUGGCAUGAGGAAGAAGAAAGUCGGAACCAAGUUACAAAAUGGAAAUGAAGAGCCAUCAUCUGAAAAUGUGGAGCUGGCACGUUUUCUACUGAACCAAGCGAGAAACUUGGUUAGCUCUGGUGAAAAUAUCAACAAAGCUCUCGAGUUAUCUCUUCGAGCAGCUAAGUUGUUUGAGGCUUCUGCGAAUAACGGGAAACCAUGUUUAGAAUGGAUCAUGUGUUUGCAUGUUACAGCAGCGAUUCAUUGUAAGUUAAAGGAGUACAAUGACGCAAUUCCGGUUCUGCAGCGCUCAGUUGAGAUUCCAGUGGUCGAAGAGGGAGAAGAGCACGCACUAGCCAAAUUUGCUGGUCUGAUGCAGUUAGGUGAUACUUACGCUAUGGUGGGGCAGCUAGAGAACUCAGUGUCGUGUUAUACCGAGGGAUUGAAAGUCCAGAAAAAGGUUUUGGGAGAAAACGACCCAAGAGUUGGUGAAACAUGCAGAUACUUAGCCGAGGCUCUUGUACAAGCAUUACGGUUUGACGAGGCUGAGCAGGUUUGCCAAACGGCUCUUUCUAUACAUAGAGAAAACGGUUUACCAGCUUCAGCCGCAGAGGCGGCAGAUAGAAGACUCAUGGGUCUUAUAUGUGAGACUAAGGGAGAUCACGAGAAUGCCCUCGAGCAUUUGGUAUUAGCCAGUAUGGCCAUGGCUGCAAAUGGACAAGAGUCUGAGGUUGCUUUUGUUGAUACUAGCAUUGGUGACUCCUACUUGUCUUUGUCUCGGUUUGAUGAAGCGAUUUGCGCAUACCAGAAAUCUCUCACGGCACUGAAGACAGCAAAAGGAGAGAACCAUCCAGCUGUUGGUUCAGUUUAUAUCCGUUUAGCUGAUCUCUAUAACCGAACAGGAAAAGUUAGAGAAGCAAAGUCGUACUGUGAUAAUGCACUUCGGAUAUACGAGUCACAUAACCUAGAGAUUUCUCCUGAAGAGAUUGCAAGUGGUCUUACAGAUAUAUCAGUGAUUUGUGAGUCUAUGAACGAGGUGGAACAAGCUAUAACCUUGCUGCAAAAGGCGCUGAAGAUAUACGCUGAUUCUCCCGGUCAGAAAAUCAUGAUUGCAGGGAUUGAAGCUCAAAUUGGAGUGUUGUACUAUAUGAUGGGGAAAUACAUAGAGUCAUACAACACAUUCAAAAGUGCUGUAUCAAAACUACGUGCUACAGGAAAGAAACAAUCAACGUUUUUCGGGAUUGCACUUAACCAAAUGGGUUUAGCUUGCAUUCAGCUGGACGCGAUAGAAGAGGCUGUUGAGUUGCUUGAAGAAGCCAAGUGUAUUUUAGAACAAGAAUGUGGUCCGUAUCACCCGGAAACACUUGGAGUAUACAACAACCUUGCAGGAGCCUAUGAUGCAACUGGCAGGUUGGAUGAUGCAAUUGAGUUGCUAGGACAUGUGGUUGGGGCUCGGGAGGAAAAGCUCGGGACAGCGAAUCCUGGAACAGAAGAGGAGAAGAGAAGAUUGGUCCAACUCUUGAAAGAAGCUGGUAAGGUUACAGGAAGGAAAGCUAAAUCACUCCAGACUCUAAUUGAUUCUGAUCUCAUGACUUCCUCAGCUCUUCGUUAACACAUAAUAUGUUUUACUUUUUCUUCUAUAUAUAGAAAUGUGCAUUCAUUAUAAAUUUUUGUCUUUGUGAUUAUGUUUGUGGAAGCGUUUUCCUUUCAUUGUCUUAAUCCGGUGUGCUUUGGAUAACAGUCUCAUAUUUGUUUUAAUUGUUUAAUGAGAAGAUCAUUACCACU